GAGAAACCAGGCGGAGAAACAUCAAGCCAGGAACUGGCUGAUAAAACCCUCCGCCCGUCGAAACUGAAUUACUUCCUGACCCAUGUCUGUCCGAAGCUACAGGUGUUGGACCUAAGAUUCAACCAGCUGCUCGGAGAUCCAGAGAAGCUGUCGUACGACAAGCUGGCUGCGGAAAUUCCGAGCGAGAAAUUUUUCCUCCGGCCCCAGAUUUGCGGAUCAAUUUUUGGGCUGAUUGCGGACCAGAUUGUCGGGCACGGCUGCGAUAUGGAUCUUGCAAAUUCGUGGUUCUUGAGACUCUGGAUGAAUGCAAAGUUGUAUGUUCUUGAGUUUACGAUAUGAGCUUGUGGACCGUAAAUUGAAUCUGUGAUGCAUGUGUUUAAGAGAGCCGUUUGGUUGCUUUAGUAGUUGCAAAAACUACUACACAUCUACUUCGCACCAACAAAAAUAUGAAUUUGUCUUGCUGGGCUGUGUAUUGUGAUCUGUUCUUUUUCUUCAUCAAUAAGAAAAUACUACUAGCAUGACAACUUUCAUCUACUUCGUGCAGACUCAGAUCAACAUUUGCUGUCGAUAUGUGAAGCGGAGAAGGCAAUCGUGGAAAGAAAAACGAACCAGCAACGGCGGGAAGAAGGACCACUACCACGAUCACCUGCCAUAAACGCCGGCGACAACACCCCAAAGGUAGUCCUCCCGGACUGCCCUCCCCGCGCCCUCCAAAUCAAGCUCUCCUACUUUGGACAGAUGAACGGCCUCCGCCCCUCCGACCGGGAUUCGAAUUCCCUCCGCGCGCAACUAGAGCCGCUUGCCACGAAGGAAUUGAAGCGGCGGCUGAUCGAGGACAAGUUUUUCUCUGAGCACGCACUCUUCGAGUUUUUGGUGGACAUGCUACGGAUGUACGAGGAAAAGUACGAAAUGACGCUGACGAGCGAACAAAAGGACCAGCUGCUUUUGUUUGGUUCGGAGCUACUGGAAAUCAAGUCCUCCAAUUACAAGAUCCAACGGUGGAAAACGAUCGAAGCACCCGUUCCGCAGAAAAAGAUCACCGAAAAGGCGAAAGCGGCCGAACGAUCGGCGGUAUGCGAAGUCAAUGACCAGGCGAAAGAGUGGAUCGAGGGUUUCGAGUAUGCAAAGAAAAAAGUGUUACAGUUACCCAUUGUGUUGCAAAACAUGCAAGACAGACGACCUCUGUCAUGCGCAAAAUGCAUGCGUGUCUCGUUUUGUGUGCGUUUUGCCUUAUGAUCUCUGCAUUACAAGUUUUCGGCGUGAUGCGAGGCAAAUUUGUGAUGCUGAAUUCACUACAAAUGUGUAACUGUAACACUUUUUUCCUUGGAUAUGGAGCGCUUUGAGGCCAUGGAAUUGCUGCUGAAGAGCUACAUGAGCGAGCUGAUUUGGAGAACUCCGGCCGAUUUGGAAGCAAGGAGAAGUCAGUUUAAUAGUACUUUUUUUCAGGUAGAUGUUGAACCAACAUCAAUAUCCUCUUCAUCCUCAUCCUCAUCUUCGGCAAGAAGUGGUGCUACUGGAUCAGCAAGCAGUAGAAGUGCCACGACGACUACAGUAAGUGCUCCUGCUGCGCCGUUUCAGCAAGUCAAUUCGUUCCUGGAAUUUCUUCGUCGCCAGAACCAACAAGACCGUCCAAAAAGCAAUAAUCCUCGUCAUAUCUCGCAGUUUUUCGACCACGAGGAUGGUGUUGAAGACAAUCUGUCUAAAGACGCCGGCGGCCCGAGACGGGACCGUAUCUUUCUCCAGGGACCGGCAGAUCUUGCGGUUCCCCAGUACCUCUGCGACCAGCUGCUGGAACUACUAAUCGACUGGGUUUGCUUCCAGGACCGCUUCCAUCCCAACCGGAAACGGGAGCGACCCAGCGUCGACGCGGAACACUACAUGAUCGUGUCCCACAAAGACGUGAAAAUGUCAGAGGCGGAAGAAAUCAAAUUGUUUAUGGCCAACGCGACCCGCCACCUGCGGGACCCAAGCUGUCGGAACAACCUGCACUGUGCGAACAACCGACUGAUUGACCUGAAGCGCGACAUCUGGGCCUUGGCGGAAAUCGUUUUGCGUUCGGCCUUGACCAAGUACAACAACGGCGCGGAUUUGGCAUUUGUGACGGAGCACUGGGAUCAGCUCGCGGUCACCCACAACUUCCAGGGCUCGCCGCACAUCGACCACCAGAACUAUCCUGAGGAAAAACGUACCCACACCAGAGUCAGGAUGGGGAUUUUGCAACACAAACCUAGGAGUUUUGGGAGUCACGCAUGACAAGUUGCACUCCGCAGUGUAGUGCAGGUCAGCAAGUGCAGCGGCAUCACAGACUCAUCUGCUCAUCCUGUUCACAGCAUCACAAAUUCCAAUACACGAUUGGAAAUGGCUCUCAUGGGGAUGAGCAUUACAAGUCUUCCUGUCUUUGCCAAUCUGCAUUACAACUCUGGUGUGGGGACGUUUUUACUCAGGAUAAGAACAAGCGAAACUUCUACGCGAUAUCGGUUGGGAAUUUCAAGGGCGGCGAGAUUUGCGUCGAGAAGUGCAGCCGGCAAGUCGCGGUAGUGAAUACGCGCAACCGGAUUGCGAAAAUCGACGGCCGGUUUGUGCACUGGGUGGCCGAUUGGGUGGAAGGUUGGAACGUAUCCCACAGAGAAGAUGUAGAACGACGCGCACGAUUGCAAAGAAAAGUUUUCGCUAUUUUUUGCAGAAUUUUUUUGCAGAAAAAAUUGUUGCCAUGACUUCCAUGACUCAAUUUUACGACGUCGUGCCGCACGACAACGUGAAAGUAUGUCACUGUAGAUGAAAACUACAGCAUGGAACGUCGACCGCGACUGAUAUUCUUCGCAUUUUUGUGAACUACGCAGUAGGACGAGUAGCUGCAUAGAUGCCGUCGUGCUACAGCUUUUUCCGCUGUGAUAGUCCGAGGACACCACCUCCUAUGCGGGCACACAAGAACCCAGGAAUACAGAUGCUCACAGUUGUCUUGCAGACGGCUCAGCCGCGACGGCCCAUGCCAAGAACUUUGUGGCGAAGUGGGGCCCGAAACAAGGAUCAGCUGCACCGGGAGAACCCGGUGAAAAUAAGGGGACGGCGAAACAAACGGACCAAGCAUCCAAGAAAUCGUCAAGGAACGAUAGUUCUAAAGAGGGAGAAUUACAGGAAGAAGAAGAUGUAGACGACUGCAAUUCCUUCCUCUCCCGGCACCUGAAGCAGCGAACGGCACUUAUGAACUGCAAAAGUAUCGCAUUCGUAGUAAUUGCAGUCAUGCAUAUACAAAUCUUUUUCUUGAGGUAAAUCCGCAUUACAUUCUCAUGCUGAGGAAAUUUGUAAUGCAUCAAUACGAGUGCGAUGCUUUUGCACUUCAUAGCAAUGAAAAACCAACGAUUUUCCCUGAUUUUCUACCAAACCGAGAAGGGU